AAGAGAUGAGUUUUUAUUGCUUUUCAAUUUCAAAGAUCCGAUCUUUGAAUUUCCUCCCAUUUCCUCUCUCCUUUUUUUUUUCCUUUUUCCUUUUUUUUCCUUUUCUCUAUUUAAAAAAAUUUAAACCUUUAGCUCCGUAAAAGUUGGCUUUUCUAGCUAGGUAUAAUUCAUAGCUUCUUCUAGUAAGAUGGAUGUUAGAUUCGUUUAUGAUGAUGAGCAUAGAAGGGGAAACUCUUCUACAGUGCAUGACCUUGAAAGAAUCAAUAAAAUCUUUCUAAGUUUUGAAGUACCAUGAACUGAUUAGAAGUCCUAGAAGAAAGGAGAGAUUUCAACUUUUCAAGGGACAGUGGUGUUUAUAUGGAGGGGAUUUGAAGCAUCUUGGUGUUUGCAGAGGAUGAGCUUUACUUUUAUUCAUAUAUUUUUGAUGAUGACAUCAAGGUUAAUUUUGGUCCAGCAAACUAUGGUGAGGAACCAUCUCUUAGUAUGAGUGCUCGAUCAUUAGCGGAUGAGUCGACUUUGAUACUUAGCCUGGGCGUCCUACAUGUCCUUCAGCUACCUGUGGCUCCUUUGCAACGGGAUGAUGGUACUCUAUUUCAUAGUGACAUGUUGCAGACAGAGAGACUUGGAACUGUUGAUCAGCCUCCUGAGAAAGGAAUUCCUACUGUGAUCACAUGGAGUCUUGGUGGCAAUAAUGUUUCUGUAGAAGGAUCCUGGGACAAUUGGACAUCAAGGAAGAUUUUGCGAUGUUCGGGCAAGGAUCACGCGGUUCUGUUAGUUCUACCAUCAGGCAUAUAUCAUUAUAAAUUCAUUAUUGAUGGUGAGGCGCAGUACUCACCAGAUCUUCCACAUGUUUCCAGUGAGAUGGGACAUGUUUGUAAUGUCCUUGAUGUUCAUGACUGUGUGCCAGAAAACCUAGAUAGCGUAGUUGAAUUUGAGGCACCAGCAUCACCAGAGUCAAGCUACAAUCGUUCAUUUCCAGGAGAAGACGAUUUUGCAAAGGAGCCAAUGAUAGUACCAUCGCAGCUACAGCUAACAGUUGUUGGAAUGGAAAAUUCAGAUGAAGCUGUCCCUUGUAGGCCCCAGCAUGUUGUUCUGAACCACCUUUUUAUAGAAAAAGGUUGGGCUGCUUCUCAGUCUGUGGUUGCUCUUGGUUUGACCCAUAGGUUUCAAUCAAAAUAUGUCACUGUUCUCCUAUAUAAGCCAGUAAGAAGGUAAAGAUUGACACUUUUUCUUGCUUUUCUUCUUCUUCUUCGGUUUUUAUGGAUCCCUAUCGUUUCAGUUUCUGCUUUGGCUUUACCCACUCUCUCGUUUUGGCCUUUUGGGUGGGUGUCGUCAAUGUACCAUUACCAUGUAAAUGAACGUGUGAAAGUAAAGCUGUUGAUACAGUAGUUGAACACAUACAAUGGUCUUUUGUUCCCUUUCCUUGUGGGAAUAUCAAGUUGCGAGCAAACAAUUAUCAUCCAUAUAUAGUUGUAUAUCAGAUUCUGUAGGAGUACAACAUUUCUUAGUUUGCAAAUUAUAAUCAAGGUAUUGUAUAAAAAAGUUAGUAAUUUUAACAA